AAGGGGGGCAUAGCUUGGGUAGCAAGAGGGCCAGGGAGAUCUGGCGCCGUACAUUGAAUAUCAACAAGCGUCUCCAUCAAUAUAGGCUGAUCAGAUAUCUCGCAUUCAGAACUGUAUCUAGAAUAGCUAUUAGAUAUCUGGGUAUUAGAGGUAGUUAUUGUGUCUGAUAGUCAGCAAGUGACAAUCCUCCGCGUGGUGUCCGUUGGAAGAGCCGCAUUGCAAGGCUGAGCUUUGACGAACUUUAACCGACCUGAUUGAAAUCAACAGCCACGCCGUGAAAGACCGUGUCGUUCAUUCAAGCACCAGCUUCCCAUUGUUACUCGAUACGAAAGAUACCUUGACCGAUACUAAUAAAUGUUUGGUCUCAUUCACUACUACCCGAACAAGGAAAUAUCGUAUUUAACCACCCAGCAAUUUAUUAUCCAAGUAGAAUGUUGGUUAGGAUGUUGAAUUGGUUUAUAUGCCCAAGCAAGUGGCCGCCUGAUAAUUUCUCACUCAAUGCAUUUACUGACUUGUAUACCCCUGAGACAAAAUAUCACACGUUUUUUAGUUCUAUUAAGUCAAGCUAUUACUAUUUAAUUGACACAUUGGCUAGAGUAUACUGCGGGCGUGAGGAGUUUACUAACCUUCUACAUUUACAUACAGAGGCGGCAGCUAACUACAUGAACAGUAUAUCUACGUGUCCAAAUCAGCAAUCUUCUGUGGCUCUAUUAAAAACCAUGGCAUUUAAUGAAAUUUUGAGGGCCAUACGCGCAUAAGUCCAUUUGAUAUCUGUAUUCUUCCUGAAAAAGGCCACUAUUCUUAUUUGACCAACGAUUUUCCAGCAUCAAUGGCGUGGAAGUUUAUACCCCCGAUCAACAGGAAGACUCGGAAGACAUAGGGAGAGAUUGAGAUUCCCCCCAUUUCAUCUGGAAAUCAACGUCCUCGGGGCCCUGGUUGUAUACUUAGGAAGGAUUCAAAGAAGUUUCCACUACUAUAUUUGAAUUGAUCGAAUCCGCCUCUUCUGAAAACGAUAACUAGCAAUAACCUAACCAUUGCUGUCGUCAGUGAAGCGGCUAAACUAUGUAUACAAGCCACGUAUAUGAAAGCAUAACCGGGGACAACAGCAUCAAACAGAUGUCCUUCUCCAAUCAACUAAUUAACUACCUAGUAAAGCUCUAUGCUGUAGUCUUGCUACGCCGUUUUCAGAUGACUGCAGGAACUAGCGGGAAUAUCGACUCACUCAGGGAUAACACUCACUAGGGCCAGAGGGAGUACUACUUACUGUCCAUACCUGUACGUUGGCUACGUACAAUCCACUACUAGCAAACGCAAGGCCUUGUGCACUCCCCAGGUUUUCUACCCAGCCCUCAAAUCGAUAAAGGAUAUCUCGUAUAUAAAACUCUAUAUUCUUCGCCUUCUCACCCCUCACCCGGCUAAAAACGAUAGAUCAAGUCCCAUGAAGCCACCCUGCAGGGUAUAUACCGAGUUGCUUACGACUCAUGCAUCCACCACGUCCGCUUUUUUGGAAUCAACCAAGCCAAUGGCCGAGCCUAAGAAGACAUGUCUGCGGAACGCUCUCAACGAGCUUUCAUCUGAGACUAGGGAGGAGGAUGAGGAAAAGCCAGAUUAGACGGUUUCGUUCCAGGGUAAAAAGAGCUCUCUGGCACUAUGGGAAUACUGAGUUACUUUGACUUCAAGGAUGUGUGCGCUUCUACGGAGUACGUAUUAAUUCUUCUCCCGAACAGUAUGAUGGUGCGGUAAAUAUUGACUCCAACGAGUCCCGUUAUGCUUGUCAGAACUGGGUAGACGAUGCCCUUAAGGCCGUUAGGGCGAGGGGAUAUCUGGAGUGAUUCCCCC